GUACUGUAUAUUGACAUGACAUUAAAAGGGAUCUCCGUUUUGUUAAUUAAUAAAUUAAUGUCAACAACAAAAACAACUAAUACAUCACAAUUAGUACAGUGUCUAUACUAUUUGUGUAUCAUAUUUGUGGCCGCAUUUAUUGUAGGCCUAUCGGAGGCCAAAAAAUCGAGUGCAACGGCGGCGACUAUAGCGGCCAUAGAUACGCCGUCGACGUCGUCGUCGGACAGCAACGACAUAAUCGGCAACGAGUGUCAUCGGGCGGCGGUCUGGCGGUGCGGCCAUCGGUUUAUAAGAGCCCACAAAUUUGUCCACUUAUUGGGAAAGAAGGACUCGUUUGAGCCCAAGUGUGCUCUCAGAUCCGCAUUUUUUGUGUGCCUCAAAAAAUCAAAGUCCAGAUCGUGUCACAAACGUCGGGCACCGCAUACGGAAAGUUUCCGCAAACGACUGGCCGACACACUAUGGUCUACCAGAUCCUGUCUAUUGGGUGCCAAAAAUUGA